AUGGUGAUGAGUGGCAGCAUGGAAAAGAAAAUUGGAAGUAGAACUACAAGCAGGAACAGGCUAAUAAUCUCAAUGAUCAAAGGGCUAAUCAUGUUGUUGUUCUUAAACGCAACCCAAGCUUGGAUCUGCACGCUCUGUCCUUGUAAGACUCUUGAUUCCUGGGGAUGGGCAGCAAACUGCAAUUUGAUGGACCUCAAGGAGAUGCCGCUCCUGAACUCAAGCAUCAAAAUUCUUCAUCUGCAAAACAACAAUUUGACCACUGUUCCUUUUGGUGCUCUUGAUAGCUUGACCAGCUUGGAGGAAAUUAAUUUUUCCAACAAUCCUUGGCACUGUGACUGCUCUAUUUUAUACCUAAAGGAGUGGCUAGCAGACUUUAAUAAAAGUGCUCUUGCAACGGCUACCUGUGCAACUCCAGCUUCUCUAAAUAGGAAAGCCUUGAGCCAGCUGAAAGGGAACGAACUGGAGGGGUGUAGAAAAACGCUGCCAAUCAGUUGCCGUGAUUUUUUUUGGAGGGACUUUGGUCUGAUUUUUUUGGCAAUCGUUGUCUUAAUUUUAGCAGCAUGCAUUUUGCAAUGUUCAAAACAGUUAGUUUUCCAAGCCAGUAGAAAGCAACAUUCUUCUGAAGUCCCUCUGCUACGGUUCCAUGACCUGGAAAAUAGGAAAUCCAAAUGAAAUGCUGCAGUGGG